AUGGGAGGGAAAGCGGAGAAUUCAGGGUGGGUUCCCACCUGGCUUCCCCGGAUUUCCCAGCGGUUGCGGGAGCGUUGUAGCACUCAGCUCACUGCAUGGCUGGAGGCCACAGACAAGCGCCUCUCCCCACAGUUAGAGCCUCCACGUGAAAAAGUGAGCAUUUUGUCAACUUUCAUCGCACCCUUCAAGUAUUUAAGUCCUGGCGCAGCGAACGUGGAAGACGAAGACAAUUUAAGUACAAGCAGCGCAGAAGUAAAGGAGAACCGCAACAUUGGCAACCUGGAAGAUCACCCAAUCACCUCUAAUGAUAGGUCGAGAGUGGGAGUUUCCAGCCUGAAAAGGAAAAGGCCCCUGGAAGAAGGCAACGGCGGACAUUUCUGCAAACUCCAGCUCAUCUGGAAGAAGGUCUCGUGGUCAGUAACGCCAAAGAAUGCUCUGGUCCAGCUCCAUGAACUUAAACCAGGUUUACAGUACAAAAUGGUGUCUCAGACAGGCCCUGUCCACGCCCCGGUAUUUGCAGUCGCUGUGGAAGUAAACGGACUUACGUUCGAAGGCACCGGGCCAACCAAAAAGAAGGCCAAAAUGAAGGCUGCCGAAUUAGCCCUGAAGUCUUUCGUUCAGUUCCCUAAUGCGUGCCAAGCUCAUUUCGCAAUGGGGAAUUGUUUCAACCCUUCCACGGACUUUACAUCAGACCAGGCGGACUUCCCAGACACUCUGUUCAAGGAGUUCGAACCAUCGACGCGCAGCAAGGACUUCUCAGUCUAUAACCCCGUUAAUAGCGAAUUGCUUUCUACGGCCUACCGGCACGGGAGGUUCCUCUACCACACCUUGGACUUAAUGGGCCGCGGCAAACAAAACAAGCGCAAGAUGGCUUCCGGCACAGAGAGCGAAAAGAACCCCGUGGUGUUGCUCAAUGAGUUGCGGUCGGGGCUGAGGUACGUCUGCCUUUCGGAGACUGUGGAGAAGCAGCAUGUCAAGAGUUUUGUGAUGGCAGUCAGAGUGGAUGGGAGAACGUUUGAAGGCUCGGGACGUAGCAAGAAGCUGGCCAAAGGUCAAGCAGCGCAGGCUGCACUGCAGGCCCUCUUUAACAUUCGGCUGCCCAGCCACCUUCCCGGCAGGAGUAAAUGUAAUCAUUUGCCACAGGAAUUUGCCGAUUUCGUGUAUCGAAUGGUUACACAGAAGUUUCAAGAGGUGACGGACCGUUUUGCUUCCAUCCAUGCACGUCACAAAUCCCUUGCGGGAAUUGUAAUGACCAGAGGUUUGGACAUCCGGCAGGGUCAGGUUAUUGUGCUGGCAUCGGGUACCAAAUGUAUAAAUGGAGAAUACAUUAACGACCAAGGACUGGUGGUCAACGAUUGCCACGCGGAGAUCGUGGCGCGGAGGGCCUUCCUUCACUUCCUCUAUUCACAGCUGGAACUGCACCUGAGCAAGCGGCAAGAAGACGGGGAGCGAUCAAUCUUCGUGCGGUUAAAAGAGGGAGGCUACAGGCUAAAAGAGAACGUUCUGUUCCAUCUGUACGUGAGCACUUCGCCCUGCGGAGACGCACGCCUCAACUCCCCCUACGAAAUCACGACUGACUUGAACAGCAGCAAGCACAUAGUAAGGAAGUACCGCGGGCAUCUCCGAACAAAGAUUGAAUCUGGGGAAGGAACCAUCCCAGCCCGAUGUCACAGUGCGGUUCAGACGUGGGACGGCGUGCUUCUGGGGGAACAGCUAGUCACAAUGUCUUGCACAGACAAAAUUGCCAGAUGGAAUGUCCUCGGGUUGCAAGGUGCUCUCCUUAGCUACUUCAUCGAGCCUGUGUAUCUGCAUAGUAUCGUUGUGGGAAGCCUCUCGCACACCGGUCACCUUUCGCGGGUAAUGAGCCAUAGACUAGAAGAUGUUGGUCAACUGCCAACUUCAUACCGGCGCAAUCAGCUGCUCCUGAGUGGUGUGAGUAACGCUGAGAUGCGGCAGCCGGGGAAAUCGCCUGGCUUCAGUGUGAACUGGAUCACGAGCACCACAGACCUCGAGGUUAUUAAUGCUACAACGGGCAAAAGAAACUGUGGGAGUCCUUCGCGACUCUGCAAGCACAUGUUUUACACUCGCUGGGCAAAGCUUUAUGGAAAGCUGAGCACACGGAUACCAAGCCAUGGAGAUUUGCCAUCCACAUACAGUGAGGCCAAGCUGGUGUCUCGCACGUACCAGUCCGUCAAGCAGCAGCUGUAUAAAGCGUUUCAGAAAGCAGGCCUGGGCAUCUGGGUGAAAAAGCCUCCCGAGCAAGAUCAAUUUCUACUAACUGUGUGAACCGUUCAGCCCCUCUGCCUCGCGACCCCACGACAAGGACUGG